AUGGAGGCCCUGGGCUUCACGAAGUCACAGAGGCGAAGAUUCAACGACGCAGAGUACAUCUUGUCGGUAGCUGGUGACACGGAGAGCCUGAGCGUCGAGGUGGAGCAUGCAGAGGACGGCCGCCGUUGGCGGGCCAGGUUUGCAGCGGGGUUUGUGGAGGAGAUUACCCGGCGCACGGGUAACGCGAAGAAGUUUGACGUCUUCGUCCGCAUGCUGUUGUCCGCCCUCGCGCAAGAGUCGGACUCUGUGUACCUGGAUGUGCUAACGGCUCGCGACUUGGAGAUGCUUCGGCGCCAUGCCAAUCCGGAGGCCCCGCCAGCCGCUCCAGCCACAACGCAGCCGGACAAGAGGUACAUGAUCUUGACCUACCGCGCUGAGUUUGACAAGGUCCAUUAUCCCUUGCCCCUGGCUUUGGAUGAACGGAGCGAAGAGGAUGUCUUGAGGGCCAUGGUGUCCCGUCUACGCUCUGAGCUGGCGCAGGCUCAAGAGGCCAACAAGGCGCAGAAGCCUCCGCCUCCGCAACACUUUGCUGAUGACGAGCGCGUGUCAAAGUUGCACCUGCAAAAUCAGCAGCUGACCGACAGCUUGCACGCGAUGCAGAAGGAAGCCGAACAGCUUCGCUCAGAGCUUCGCUUGCGCACGGUUGGCCAGCAGGACCACGCCCGAACAGAGGAGGUGUCCCGGCUGAAGGCCGAGCUCACGAGGACCAAGGCAGAGGUGAAGAGCCUGAAAGACGAGCUGAAGCAGAGAGAGCUGGCGCAGAAGCGAAGCCGUGAGAAGGAGGCCGCUGAGCUGCGAGCGGAGCGGCAGAAGGCGGAUCGUCUCCAGGCGCAGCUGAAGAAGCUGGAAGAGGAGAAGCGAACUCUCGCCGCUCGGAUAGGGCGCAGUGGCCCUUUUGUCGAGAGGUCCCGACCGGUCUCGCGAACCCCCUCGGCAGAGAGGGCCCGCCCGCCCUCGAGGCCUCUCUCGGGUUCCAGACCCGCUUCGCGACCGCCGCCUAGGCCGGCGAGCCGAGCUUCUUCGGCGGCUUCCUCCCGGGAGCGCACUCCGUCGCCAAGCUCCUUCCUCCAUAGGGGCAGGCCGGCAUCUGGACAGCCACGGCGGGAAGACUCGGGCGGCAGAAGGUCUCCGGCCCUCAACAGCUCGGGAUCGCCUGGAUUCCGUCGUGAAGAAGGACAGAGAGGAGGCCGUGGCUACUCCCCAGGUCCGUCGGUGUCGCCCUAUCGGCGACCGGCGGGCCCAGGAAGCCGCAGCCGCGAGCGCACGCCGUCCCCAGGGUCCCAGCGCCGUGUGGCGCCACCCACUGCUGCCAACGGCAGAGGUGCCUCAGCACUCUCCUUGAGGGAGCGCGGGGGAGACCCUGGCACCGGCGUGGGACCGAAGCCCCCGUCCAGCCGGUACGGAGGCACAGUGCGGCCGCCCCCCGCCGCACCCGAGGUGCCGAAUGCGCGGCCACAUCAGCCGGGAAGCCUCUUCGGCUUGGCUGCAGACCUGGGCCUCGGAGGUGCCCCGACUCCGCCGGAGGAAGCCGAGGCCUGCGACAUUGAUGCUCGCCUACAGGCGCUUCAGUCUUUCUUGAAGCAGACGAAAAACAUAGCCGCUUGA